AUGUCGAGCCCUUGCAAGCCUUUCGAAAUCAUCGUUGUCGGCGCUGGCAUUGCCGGUCUGGCGGCGGCCGUCGCCCUCAAGGCACCAGGCAGGAAGAUCACUCUGCUCGAGCAGUCAAGACUGAAUCGGGAAGUGGGAGCCAACAUCUCGCUUCAGCCCAAUGCCGUCAAGAUUGCCAAACGCUUCCUCAACCUCGAUUCGUACCUCUUUGGCGUCGAUUCGAUUGGACGAGGUGUGCCAGACAAGGCCUUUCUCAUCUAUGGCACUGACAACAAGCUGCACAUGCGUAUUGGCCUCGAAACCGAGCAGUACGGAGAGGACAGGGUCUGCUUCCAUCGAGUCGACCUGCACUCCGGUCUUCGUCAAGCAGCCUUGGACAGCGGUGCUGAGAUCAAGACUGCUUCGAGAGUAUCAAAGGUUGAUGUCGAGGCUGCCAAGGUGAUUCUCGAGACUUGCGAGGAACUCAGUGCAGACCUCGUCAUUGGAGCGGAUGGUAUUCGCUCGGCUGUUCGAGCGGCCGUCGUCGGCGACGAUCAGGGCGCUCUCCCCACUGGCCUCUCUGCCUUCCGCACGCUCAUCCCUGUCGAAGACUUGCGAGACAUCCAAGGCUUACCCGAGGGCCUGCACCUAGGCGACAGCCAAACGCUCAUGAUUGUUGGCCGAGACUGUCGCUUGGUCAUGGGUCCUUCUCGAUCAGGCACCGUCCUGGGUGUGGUCGGUCUCGUUCCUGAUACCGACGAGAUCAAGGGAGCUACGAGCUGGAACAUGGCAGCGUCCACCGACGACUUCCUCAAGAGCUACGAAGGCUUUCCCGAAUGGACUCGUGAGAUUAUUCGACGAUCCGUCGAGCCAAGCAUUUGGCAGAUGCGCGACAUCGCUCCUCUGCCAGCAUGGUCCAAAGGCAAAGCGGUGCUGAUUGGCGAUGCCGCCCAUGCUAUGCUUCCUACUCAGGGUCAAGGUGCUUCCCAGUCGUUCGAAGAUGCCGAAGCCCUCCAGUACUUCCUUCGCAAUGUGGAUGCUUCGAGCAGCGAGCAGGACGUGCAACAGGCACUGGCAGCUGUGUACUCCGCCCGUCACGAGCGUGCCUCGCUGAUCCAGGCCUACAGCCGAGAGCAGGCCAAGCCAGGCACAAGUGCCAGUGGCAAAGUGACGCUCAACCCUCGCGAGUUCAUGGAUUACAACUGCAAGUACGAAGGAACCGCCUGGUGGCUCUCUCAGCAAGCCAAAUCACGAGAUUCGGUUUCAGGAACCUCCUCAGCUCCUCCUUCUUCUGUGACCACACCUCAGGCUCCUGUAACUGUUCAGAAUUAG